UAAAAUCCCCGCCUUUUUCUUAAAAAAAAAAAAUUCAUUAUCCUCUCUCUCACUCUGCCGUCUCUUCAACAGAGAAUGUCUUUCUUCUGAAAAUCCGCACUAAUUCUCCUCAAAACCCUAAACCCUAAACCCUAACCCUAACCCUAAUCCCAUGGCCCCCUUCAUCCUCCUCCUCCUCCUCCUCCUCCUCUUCACGAUCUCACGCGCAGACCUCAGCAUCGACGUCAGCGACAGAGAUUCUCUUCUCGCCUUCAAAUCUCAUCUCGCCGAUCCGAGUUCCAUCCUUCUGACGUGGACCGGAUCCGAUUGCGGUAACUUCACCGGCGUCGCCUGCGACGCCGCCACCGGACGCGUCGUCGCCUUGAGCCUCGCCGGAUCGGAUCUUUCUGGACCCGUUAGCCCGUUUCUGUGCAAUCUCUCUGCCCUCGAAACCCUAGUUUUGUCGGAUAAUAACUUUUCUGGUAAGAUUCCGUCUUGUUUUGGUGAUUUUGGAGGUCUAAAAACCCUAGAUCUUGGUAAGAACUCCAUCGAAGGACCUUUACCUUUCGAGCUGUCAAAUUUGAGGAAAUUGGAGGUGUUGUCGAUUGGAGGAAACGGGAUCGGCGGUCUGAUUCCUGAUUGGGUCGGGAAUUUUUCGUCGAAUUUAGGUAAAAUCGAUCUGAGUUCUUGUUCGUUCCAAGGCGAGGUUCCUAGUGGAUUAUUUUAUCUCCAAUCGUUGAAGGACGUUGAUCUCUCGAAUAAUUUCUUGAACGGAACUCUGAACGACUUCAACCAGCCCCUGAUUUCUCUCAAUCUCGAAUCGAAUCAGCUCUCUGGAACUCUUCCGUGCUUCUCAUCGUUGGCACAGUCUUUAAAGGUUCUGAAUCUGGCAAGAAAUUCGAUCGUUGGAGGGAUUCCUACUUGCAUUUCGUCGUUGAGAUCUUUAACAGUGCUGAAUCUUUCAUCUAAUGGUUUAUCUUAUCGGAUUUCUCCAAGAUUGAUAUUUUCUGAUAAGCUUAUAGUUCUUGAUCUGAGCUCAAAUUCGCUCUCCGGUCCAAUCCCAAGGAGAAUAGUGGAUGAUUCGAGUAAAUCGGGGCUUCUUCUUCUGGAUCUGUCAUCAAAUUAUCUCUCUAGUGAGAUUCCAGCUGAGAUUGCAGAAUUGAGGAGCUUGCAAGGGUUAUUCCUCUCAAACAAUCAGUUAACAGGACAAAUUCCUGCUUCAAUUGGUAACGUAACUUACCUUCAAGCUCUCGAUUUGUCUUAUAAUUCUCUCUCUGGUCCGAUCCCUGUAAGUCUCGCUGGUUGUUUUCAGUUAUGGCAACUGAAAUUGGAUCAUAAUAAUCUCUCUGGUACUCUUAGACCUGAGCUUGAUGCUCUUGAUAGCUUGAAGAUUCUAAAUGUUGCUAGUAAUAGGAUCACUGGCGAGAUUCCGUUGCCUUUAGCUGGAUGCAAAUCUUUAGAAAUCGUCGAUUUGGGCUCAAAUGAAUUUGGCGGUGAGCUCAAUGGUGCAAUUCUCAAAUGGGAAAAUCUCCGCCUGCUAUCUCUUGCCGGAAAUAGAUUCUCCGGUGAUCUCCCAGAUUGGAUCUUUUCGUUUCAAGACCUUCAAUCACUUGAUCUUUCAAACAAUCAUUUCUCGGGUUAUAUACCCAAUGCUGACUUCAACAUGAGCUUUGAUCCCAAUGAUGGAGAAAAUGAAGUUGCGCAGAUUGCCCCUGAGAUUAGGGUUUGGGUUUCGAUGGAUCUUUUGGGUAGCAAGCAAUUGGAGUUUGGGUACGACCUUCUCUCACCCGUUGGGAUCGACUUAUCACACAAUUCUCUUCAUGGAGAGAUACCCAUUGGGCUCAUCAGCCUAAAAGGAUUGGAGUAUUUAAACCUAUCAUACAACUAUUUAUCCGGUAAAAUCCCGACAAAUAUCGACAAAAUGGGAAGACUAAGGAAACUCGACUUGUCUCACAAUUCACUCUCUGGGGAGUUACCUAAUGGAAUCUCAGCAAUGAAGGGUUUAGAGGCGUUGAAUCUUUCGUACAACUGCUUAUCAGGUCCAGUACCAAAGAGAGAGGAAGGAUUGCAUAGAUUUCCCGGUGCUUUUGCAGGAAAUCCAGGAUUGUGUGCGGAGUAUAAUGGUGAUGAGUGUGAGGGGACACAGAGAGGUGAGAGGGGGGAGGGAGGGGUUGAUGAUGGUGAUGGUGGAGAUGAAGAGGGAUUGGUAUCGAUUGGGGCUUUUUGGAUUAGUGCAGUGGCGAGCUUUUAUGUGUCGUUAGUUGGGUUUUUGUGUUGUCGGGAAGUGAGGGGAUUUGUUUUUCAAGCGAUGAAGCCGGAAGGUUGAAUGGAGAGGAAGAAAGAAGGGUUCUGCCUUCUGAGAAUGCUCGUUGAGCAAGCAAGCUUAAGGGCAAGCAGUUUGUGCUAGAAGUCGAUGAGAGCUUACAUGCACGCUUGCCUGUUUGUGUCCUAAUUUGAGAUCGAAGAGGGAAAACAUGAUAGCAUUUAACCAUUCUUAUAGCUGAUGGGGCUGGGUGUUGAAAUUGGCUGAUGUUUUGAUGAAAAUGCAUGCCUUUGAUGUUUUGAGUUCAUAUGAAUGUUAAAAUCAGCUGAUUUUGAUGAAAACGAUUGGAAUUCAUGCACGUCCUUAAGUUCACAUAUGAAUUCCUACAUGAGUUUUGAGUAUGAUCACUGUCUCGCUUUUGCAAUUUGUAAGCUUAAUUUAUGUUGAAGGUGGAACUGUUAGUUUGAUAUACCCUCCAAAUCAUCAGCAUGUUCAAAUUUAUCACGUAAAUCUUUAUAGCUCGUUUGUGCAAGUAAUCCUUGGUCCAGCGAGGGAGGCGAAGAUUAUGCUGAAAAGGGUUAGCCCAGCCAUGGACAAGAGGGAAGUAAGAUUUUUAAAAAAAAAGAAGGAACCGCUCAGAGUUGCCUGCUUGUAUAGAUUCAGAAAUGAAGUAACUCGACAAGAGAUAAGUUUGAGUGUUGACAUUGACUGAUACUUUGACGUAAGAGAAUGUAAGUUGUGUAGCAAUUUUUUGUUGCUGUUCGCAGUUCCUGUAUUCAGUUGAAUGUGAGUUUGAGCAGAUGUUCACUAUUUUUUACAGCCAGUAGGGCUCCGUACGAUGUCAAGGGAGCUCUAUCAAGACAUGCUACACUUACUCA